AAAAAGGCAAAAAAAAAAAAAAAAGAAGGCUGAAAUUCUCGUUCCUGGAGAGAAACCCAAGCGGCGAUGAAGCCAAUCGGCGGUGCCGAAUCGAGCGCCGGCGAAGAAGACCGCGCGAGCGCCAUGGACGCCGACGUCAACUUGAAGUUGGAGGUGGAGGGGGAGGAGGAGGAGGCCCCUCUGCCACUCGCGGCGGCAGAUGGAGGAAUGCCGGUCGCCGGCUGCGGCGGCGGCGGCGGCGGCGGCGGCGGGGGCGGCGGGGUCGGCGGAGGGGCCGGUAGCAGAGUGAGGGGGCCGUGGUCGCCGGAGGAGGACGCGGUGCUGACUGAGCUCGUGGCUAAGUUCGGAGCGAGGAAUUGGAGCUUGAUCGCGCGCGGCAUUCCCGGGCGCUCGGGCAAGUCGUGUCGGCUCCGAUGGUGUAAUCAGCUCGAUCCUGGCGUCAAGCGCAAGCCGUUCACUGAUGAGGAGGACCUUAUCAUAAUUAAAGCCCAUGCUAUGCAUGGAAACAAAUGGGCAGCUAUAGCAAAGCUCCUGCCCGGUAGAACAGAUAAUGCAAUCAAGAAUCAUUGGAAUUCUACAUUAAGGCGCAAGGGCAUAGGGCUUGGGAGGUCCAAAACCAGACCUACAGAUAUGAUGGAGGAUAGCUGGCCUGUGGAAACAAAUGCAUCUUCCGAGGAGACCCUAUCUGCAGGGGAUAGUCAAUCAAACAGGGCCAGAGAUGGAAGAGAGAUUACUGUCGAGAAUGGACCGAAACAGAAUGAAAUGGAAGCACAAAGAAGGGAUGGUCUUUCUGUUGCUGAAACAACGCAGUACACAGUUUCUCGUCCGCAGCCACGGUUUAGUGCAUUUAGGAUAUACAAACCAGAAAAAAGCUCCUCAGUUGGCUCAGGAUUUUCGAAGGAAAUCCAUGCUCUAGGACCUUCGAUGUUGGCCUUUAAAACAGAGCAUGGGGUCCACAAUUUUCUUGAUGACGCUCAUGGCGAUCCUAAGAUUCCUUCGCAUUGUGGCUAUGGUUGCUGUGCUUCUCCUACUGGUUUCCAUUCUGAAAGUUCGUUGUUAGGGCCCGACUUUGUUGACUAUGAGGAACCUCCCUCCUACUCAACCCUAGACCUGAUGUCUGUGGCCCUAGACUUGAACAAUACUGCCUGGAUUAAGACCGGCCUCGUCAACGGUGGCUCUCAACUACCGGAGACAGGUGAAUUCCAGAGAAUCUGUCAAGGAGACACUGGUUCCUCAUACCUGGGUUUAUUUGAGCCAAAUAAAAAGACCAAGCAUACGCGCUUGGAGGAGGGAAAGAAAAAGUUGGCAUGAGAGAGAAAUUGCUGACCAGAUGCGGGCCAGUCUUUUGCUGUGCCAUCCAAGGUUAAUAGUUUUGGUAGUUCGAUAUGGUAGGAAGAUGAGGUUUUCAAUGGAUGAGCUCCAUAUUUGCCCACCUGAGGCUUGAUGCAUGAAAUCUGGGAAUCUUGUUUUGUCAAUAGAUUAUCGAGAACGGCUUUUCAUCAGUUAUUAACAUUACAUGAAUUUUGCUUCAGAGGAUGUACAUGAAUUGGGUAAAUUACAUCAAAGGAAUGACAUGCGGUUCUCUUA